AUGAUAAGUUUGCUUGCUUCACAUCGAAGAGAAAAAGGAAAAGUAAAGAAGAGUCAUAGUUCCGGAAAAGGUGGGGAUGAAACGUACAAAAGUACAUGGUUUGCUUACAAGGCGUUGGCAUUUUUAGAAGAUCGAAAUAAUCAAGGAACGACGCAACACAGAGGUCAGAAUCAGACAAGUUACCCUACAGCUCCAUGUGCUUCACCUGUUCCCUCAGAAUCAUCCCAAAUUUCAUAUGAAGAUGUAGAUUUUGUGAAUUGA